GGUGGGUGGGACAUGGGCCCGGCAUGUGGCUUCAUGGGGAGUUGUGUCUGUGCGGGGGCUCAGACGGUGGGAGUAGAGCUGCAGUGAUGGCCCAGGUAAAGGUAGCAGGAGACGCAGUGAGGAGCCACCAGGACUGUGCCGAGGUUUACUCUGACAUGGCUACUGUCAGCUCCAGUGCAGAUAUAGGAGGGUCGGCGAGGAAGGUGUACGAGACCUCCAUGGGCGUCGGCCUCGGCAGGCGGAGCCGGGCCUACCCGUCGCCGGCCAGGAGACGACACCGCACCACCUUCAGCCACAAGCAGCUGGAGCAGCUGGAGGUGGCCUUUGGACAAAACCCGUAUCCUGACAUCUACUACAGAGAGGAGCUGGCUCGCAUCACCAAGCUCAACGAGGCCCGCAUUCAGGUUUGGUUUCAGAACAGAAGAGCCAAACAGCGGAAGCAGGAGCGGUCCUCCCACAAACUUCUCCCAGUGGGUGUGAUGCCGGGCCACAGGGCGCUGCUGGGCGGCAUGCACGUCCAGCCGCCCGGCAUGACUCGGCAGUACUACACCCAGCCGCUGGCUCAAUCCCCUGCCUCCCCCCCCAUGCUGUCCUCUGGGGCGUACUCCCGCCCCUCGGGCCCGGUGGGCUCGUGCCCCUGCCCCAGCGUCCCGCCACAGCCCGAGGACUGGUACAGCCCGCUGAGGAGCGGCCUCGCCUCGCCCAUGUUCUCUCUGGCCCCCAUGCAGCCUCUGGACCCCGCCUCGCACUGGAGCUAAGAGGAACAGAGGCCAAUUUAAAAAAAGAAAAUCGAGUGAUCAUGCACGGCCAAUUUGUCUUCCAUUCACACGCACAUUGGUACUCAUUUUGUGACU